AUGGCCCCGAAGGACCGUAGCUUGCCACUCAUACCUCCCUAUCGCAUUCCCUCCCUUCCUCUUCAGGCCAACAUGACCAGCGUUGUGCUAAGCAACAUUGCCAGAAGCAAGCGAGAGAUGCCGAGGCGAGGUCCUGAUCGUGGUCACCACGUCUACCCCUUUUACGACGGCCACUUGGCGCACAAGUAUCACGCCCUUGUGCGUCCUGCCCAGGCCAACCAGCUCAGCCACGAGUCGAUCAACACCUUCGAACCCACCGAGAUGGCCCUCAGUCGAUGCUGGACUUUUGCAAUGGUCACGGACUUCGCAGCCACGGCAGGGCAGCAGAAGCGCUGGCCCUUUACGCACACGACGGUGUUGGAUUGUAGCAGCGACUACUUUCCCACGGAUCAAGGUCGUCUUCCUGUCGAGGAUCUAGGCAAUGAGGUGGUUCGAGCCAUCUUGCAGGCUGCCGACGUUGGCCCCGCCUUUCCCUCUGCAGGCUCAGGUGCCGCCGAUCCCCUUGCUCCUGUUGCCGGCCAAGUCCCGUCUUCCGCCGCCAAUGCCCCCGCCCUUGCCCCUCUUGCUCGUCAAGCACCGUCAUCCGUCGUGACGGCCGAGCCUACCCCCAUGGAUCUGGAUCAUGCUCCAGCGCCACCCGGCCCGACCCCGUCUGCAGCUGCCGCCGCGCCUCCUCCUCGUCCUCCUCCUCCAUCCACACAGCCAACGCCUCAGUCCUCGCAGACGUUGGUCAACAAGCCCGAGAUCACCAACACCCGGACGGCGGUGUAUCGGAUCCAUGCUCCGACCGAGCUCAAAGACCGCAUCCGGACCUUUCGCAGAAGGACAAGACUCGUCAAGAACGAGGCGGUCAGGCUGGUCAACAUGGCCACCUCGACGUCUCACGAGCAUCUCAACGAGCGCCGUUUGUAUACCCUUCUGGCAAACAACGGCAGCGCCUUUUCAAGCAAGCAUCCGGAGCUCCUCCGCUGCCCAACAUAUGCACGGAGGCAGGUGAUCCUUGAGGCCGUCGCCCAGCGCAAGUCGAUCAUCACUAGGUACGAGAACCUGCCUGGAGGGAGGCGUCGGCCGUUGCCCAGCAUCCGUCCACCGACCAAGCAAACGGACAAGCGCCGCGGCUUCUCGGUCGCCUUCAACCACGACACUGGCAGGAUCGAGGCGCUGUACGAUGUGACGGGCACAGAGGUGACAGGCCUGAAGCUGGUCAUGCCUGCGGUCACCAUCGGUGGCACUCGCUACAGCGAGGUGCGAGCCAGGAUCUGCCUCCGCGGUGAGCGCCAGCGACUUCGCCUGCUGGAGCUCUGCCGGUGGUCGCGCGCCAACGCGUUCAAGCUGCCAAGGGAGUGGCGUGUUUGCUGCGGGGCAGACGGUCGCUGGUAUCUCCACGUCUUAUACGAGCUGGUCGAUCCGAAGCGGUUCAACGCAGACCAGCAGGCCGAGAAGAAGAGGCGAGGCAUCACCGUCCUCAACGGCGCCAUCAAGGUCAAGUCGAUCGAUCCGGGUGCAAGGACGCCCUUCACCGUCUACACCUCGGAAGGCGAGACGAUCGACAUUGGAGGCCAAGACGACAGGGCACGCCUUUGCGAGCUACGCCUGGCGGCAGAUCGUGUCCAGUCUCGCAUCAACGAGAUGAAGCGGCUCAAUCGCAGACCCUCGACCAGAGUCAGUCGCGAAAUGCGAAAGCGUCGCUUUGUCCGGCCCGCUCGCGAGCGUUCGGAGCUGCACAAGCGAUGGAGGCGAAUCAUGGCAGACAUCAAGAACCUCGUCAAGGAGGUCCACUGCCGCACCGCCCACUUCCUCGCCCUCUCGUCCGACGUCAUCGUCAUGCCACGCAUGGAGGUGCUCGGGAUGGUCCGGCGUCGCAGAAGCCGCCUCAAGAUCUCGACCAAGAGGGAGCUCCUCACCUGGUCUCACUCGGCGUUUGUCAAUCGUCUGGCCAUCAAGUGCCACGACAUUGCAUACGAUGCGCGCUUCCCCCACAAGGCCGGCCAUCCCACGCUGCUCUUGGUCCAGCCAGAGGCCUACACCUCCAAAACCUGUGGCGCCUGCGGCAGACUCAACGACAGGCUUGGCUCGCAACCAGACUUUCUUUGCCCCUACCAAGACUGCGCUUACACUACCGGUCGCGACCACAACGGCGCCUUCAACAUGAUCAUCAAGGCCAUCCGAUGA